AUGGAGUCUGAUCGGGUUUUCUUUAUGCUGCCCCAGGAAGUACUAAACCACGCCUAUGGACGAACGUCGGCGCCUCUGUUCCCCCCAAGUGAAGCCUCUGUUGCUUCUGUUCAGUGCAGCGGCGGGGGCUCUCCGGCAGCAGCAACUACACCUGCAGCAGCAGCAGCAGCAGCAGCACCUGCUGCUGCUGCUACUGAUGCAUCUGUUGAUUCGCAGCGGACGAGAGGAGAAGCUGCUGCAGCGCGGGGCCCCGCGUGGAAGCUGCUGCUGCUGGACCUGCGGCCGCAGUGGCUCUUUGAGGGGGGGCGGCUGCCGCCGGCUAUUCACGUCGACGCUCUGGGGGACUGGAAGCAGACGCUGCCUGCUCUCGUCGGCGGCAUAGACCCUGCUGCAACUGCUGCUGCUGCUGCUGCUGCGGCGGCGGCGGCGGCGGCUGCUGCAGACGCAGGACACACCAGAAACAGCCUAAAUGCUGUAGCUUUGCAAGCUGCAGCAGCAACAGGACGACGGGGCUCCUCAAGCUGCGAGUCAUCUGCAGUGAUGGAAGCAGACACAAAGGCUGCAGCGGCGGGGGCAGCCCCGGCGUCGGUAACUCGCCUGAGGGGCGAGCAGCAGGCGAAGACAUGGAGAGGCAGCGGCUGCAGCGGCGAUGGCAGCGGCGGGGGCAGCCCGGGCGUCGGUAACUCGCCUGAGGGGCGAGCAGCAGGCGAAGACAUGGAGAGGCAGCGGCUGCAGCGGCGGCGCGGCACGCGGCUGCUGCGCUCACUGAAGUGGAAGGGGUCCCCUGGGGAGUCUCGUGCUGCUGCAUCUGCUGCUGCUGGCGGUGGUUCUGCUGCUACCACAGCAGCAGCAGCAGCAAACAGGGGAGCCUACGCAGGCAGAAACUCUUCGCGGGCUGCAUCUGCUGCUGCUGCAGAUGCUGUAGCUUUGCAAGCUGCAGCAGCAACAGGACGACGGGGCUCCUCAAGCUGCGAGUCAUCGAGGGGAGAGAUGCAGCAAUGCCAGCAGCAGACAGCAGCAGCAGCAGCAGCAGCACCAGCAGCACCAGCAGCACCAGCAGCAACACGGCACCCGCACCGCCGCUGCAUGUCGGAGCCUCUUCAUCGGGGAGAUGGGAGACAUUUUGCAGCACCAACAGCAACACGGCACCCGCACCGCCGCUGCAUGUCGGAGCCUCUUCAUCGGGGAGAUGGGAGACAUUUUUGGUGGCUGCGUAACCAGUGCUCUGAGGGUGCAGCAGCAGCAGCGACAGCAGGAGCAGCAGCAGCAGCAGCAGCAGCAGCAGCAGCAGCAGCAGAAGAAGAAGCAGAAGCAGCAGGAGCCGCAGGUCGGAGUCCCGUCGAGAGUGCGGCUUUGCUGCCGGGGUCUCAGGCAGAGAGAGAGCAGCUGGAGCUUCCCUUACGGUUGCCUUGCAGCAGCAGCAGCAGCAGCAGCAGCAGCAACAGCAACAGCAGCAGCAGCAACGCCCAGCUGCAGCCAUCAGCUGCUCAGCCACUCGCAGCAGAAGCAAACAAAGCAGAUGAGUUGGAGACAGCGGCAGCGGCCGCAGCAAAAACCAACGAACAGCAGACGGAUUCGUCGCGGGUGUGGCAACAGCAGCAGCAACAGGAGCAGCAGCAGCAGCAACAGCAGCAGCAGCAGCCGGAUCACCAGCAAGACGAUAAGCAGCAGCAGCAGCAUCAGCAGCAGGAGUAUAAGGAGCAACAGGAGGAGUCGCAGCAGCAGCAAGAGCAAGCGGUGAAGUGCGGCUACGUGGUGGGUGUUGAUGGGGUUCGUGUAUACGAGGGUUUGCGUCAUACAGAGGAGCGGCAGACGGCGAGCACAGCAGCAGGCGAGAGCAGCGGCGACAGCUGCGUGUGUGUUAGUAGAGAGUUGGUGCUGAUAUAG